AUGAAAAAGACAUUGCUGCUUUGUUUCAUCCACGGUUUCAAGGGUGAUGAGACCACCUUUGGCAAAAACUAUGCCUUCGUCGAGCACUUUCGCAGGCUCGUCGCAGGCGCUCUGCCCAAGCUGAACGUCCGGGCCACCGUCUACCCGACAUUCGAAACCCGUGGCGACUUGGGCGAAUGUGUCACUCGAUUCAAUGACUGGCUCCUCAACAAGGUCAUCGACCUCGAAGUAGCCGCCGGCACCCCUUCCCCCACCAUCGAGCCAUCCGUCCGCGUCGUGCUCGUCGGCCAUUCCAUGGGCGGCAUCGUCGCCGCGGAGACGGCCAUCAGGAUCUCUUCAGAGAAGCCCGUCCACAACUCAGUCGACGAGGACAGCCCCGCCAAGGCGGCCACCGCCAUGCCACCAGCCCCCAACGCGCUCAUGUUCCCCUACAUCCAGGGCGUGCUCGCCUUCGACACACCCUUCCUAGGAAUCUCCCCCGGUGUCGUCGCCCACGGCGCCGAGUCUCACUACGCCACCGCGUCGGCGGCCAUCGCCCAACUCAGCGGCCUUACUAGUUUAUGGGGUGCUGGGACGAAGGCGGCUAACCCGAAUGACAACGCCAAGGCCAAACCUGCGGGCGCAUUGCCACCCGCCUCGGAUCAAAGCCGAGACAAGCCAAAGGACGACAAAGCGGGAACAGCCUCGACAACCAGCAGCGGCUGGGGUCGAUGGGGCACGAUCGCAAUGGCUGCCGGUGCUGUAGGCGCGGUAGCCGCAGGCGGAGCAGCGGCUUACCUCAACCGCGAGCAGAUUUCACAGGGCCUUGGGUGGGCGACAUCACACCUGGAGUUCGUGGGGUGCCUGGCGCGCAAGGAGGAGCUCAAGAGGCGGGUUGCCUACAUGCUUCGGCUCCAGAAGGAGGUCGGCGUUGGGUUCGGGAACCUGUACACGCGGUUGGGGAAAGCGGCCGGGUCGAAGCAGGUCAGUAUGGCGGGCACGGUGCUGGGCAGCGACAGGACGUUUUGCGUGGUGCCACAGCGCGAUCGGGCAGGGGACUGGCGGCAGGCGGUGAACGACCAGGCGACAGAUGAAAUCGGGGCGCACAUCUCUAUGUUCCAACCGAAGGAUAACCCGGGGUUUGAGAGGUUGGCCAAUGAGGCCCGGGAUAUGGUUGCGGGCUGGCUCCGUAAUGACUGGUACGAGAGCAGCGCAGGAGAGGCCGUUCGACCAUGA